AUGGCUGGAUUCGAGCCUCUAAUACCCCACAUCUAUCACGAGAAACAGCAAGCGGGGUCUAUGUUAUGCGCGCAACAUGCCCUAAACUCCCUCCUUCAGGGGAACUACUUUACCGCUCCCGAUCUCUCAGACAUCGCUCGCAACCUCGACGAUCUGGAAGAGAGUUAUGAUGACGACAACAACGGCAAUACCAGCACCAACAUGGACGAUACAGGGUUCUUCUCUGUCCAAGUGUUAGACAAUGCACUCAAAGUAUGGGGCCUAAAUCUUACACGAUGGAGAAGCGAAUCAAUGCGCCCGUAUCACGAACGCCCACAGAAUCAGCUCGCUUUCAUUCUGAAUCUCGAGCAGCAUUGGUUCACAUUACGUCGCUUCGGAAAUGCUGUGGCAAAUGUUGAUCUGGAUGACGGAAAUGGGCAUUGGUUCAAUCUGAACUCCUUCCUCAAGGCUCCAGAGUGGGUCGGGAAGCUAUAUCUUGGCAUGGUGUUGCAGCAAUCAGAGGCAGAAGGAUAUUCCGUCUUUGCAGUCACACAAGCUGAUCCUGAAGCGCCUUUGGCGCUUCCUCGCACACAAGCGGACAUAAUUGCGUCCACCCUCCCCGAACCGAACUCCUCUUCGAUAUUUCACAAUCCACAUAUGGCAACUUCUGCCAUGGAGCGAAAAGUAGAAGGUGCUGAAGAUCAUUUCACAGAUGAAGAUUAUGGGUUGCAGGCUGCACUUCAAGCAUCUCUAAUGACCACAGCAACAGAGUCGGCACCUUCAUUCGGUACAAUAUUCCAGCCUACCCACGGUUCCUUCUCUGCUGCACCGGACACCGGCUCUCGAACUCCGCGAAAUAGCAUACCUCACGCCGUUGAACCUGUUCCUGAGCUCCCUGGACACGUGGAUGUCGAUCCCGUAGCGGCCAGCGUCGAAAGAAAUCGUAUGCUCCUUCAGCAGAUGAGAGAACAGCAAGAAUACGCUCAGAGGGAGAUGUGGUCUGACGCAAAUCUCACUCCAGAGGAGCAAGCUGCCCUAGAGGAACGAAGAGCGCGGCGCAGAAGGCAGGAAGAGGAAGAGGAAGAGGAAUUGCAAAGAGCGAUCGCGGAAAGCGAGAGGCUUGCCAGGGAGGAUAGCGAUCAGAGACAAAUGGCUCUUGAGAGAGGCGAUGAGCCCUCUGCGGCCCCACCGUCGCUCCCACGCUUCUCCGGUACUCAUAGAGCAUACGACGACGGAGACGCUGAACUGCAGGCUGCUCUUCGAGCGUCUCUGGAGUACGUGUCUAGUGCUCCACAACAAGGCUUAGAGAGGACCAGUAGCCAAUCAACAGACAUCACCGACACCAAUUCGACUAUGUCGGACAGCACUACAGGUCUUGAGCGGCCCAACCCAAAUGUUGCCAGUGCACAAGCGCCUAGCUUGGAUGACAUUCGGAGAGCGCGCCUAGCACGCUUUGGCCAAUGA